AUGGGCAUCACAACCGACAUGCUGCAAGAAUCCGACACAGGUUUCCACGGUAUCAUCCCAACCCUGCCAGCUUACCCUCUUCGCAAGAUCUCCUUGGACGUUGUUUUUGGUAAACCCGGCAAUUUCAUAAAGGAACGACUCGAGUUCGUGGUAGUAAAUUGGGAAUCACAGUACCAUGCUAUUCUCUGGAGGCCAGCAUAUGCCAAGUUCAUCGCGGUCCCCCAUUAUCCGUAUCUGAAACUGGAGAUGCGAGGCAACAAUGGGACCACAAUCACUGUCCACGGAAGUUUCUCUCGAUCCGAUAGUUGCGACAAAGACUUUCAGAAGAUCGCCUCCAAAUUCGGGGUCAGGGAGGAACUCAAUGCAUUAGACGUACUCACAGAUCACAAGCAGCCACCUACCGAUAAUCGGAACACAAAAACCGACGAGUUUGACGCUGCCAAGGAAGCAAAGAAGCAUCAAGUGCAUCCAUCUGAUCCGAAGAAAACAGUCAACACGUCGGCUGACCUUGCUGUCGCAUAG